AUGUUUAAAGUACAUGAAGGUGAAAUAAUUUUCAAGGAAAAAUAUGGAUCCUCUUCCCAGGAAAUAUUAUACGUUAAACCACCAGAUCAGAAUAAUGUUGUUAUAUUACACGAAGAAAAGUACAUAAAUGUGAAUGGCUGGUUUACAAGAAUUUUUUUACCGCGAGGGUACCCUGAUAGCGUCAGCAAAGACUAUUUAGCUUACCAAAAAUGGGACACUGCACAGGCAUUUUGCAGUACUAUUACUGGUACACUAGCAACUCAGGAGGUGCUAAGAGGUGUAGGGGUUGGUGACACAAGUGCCACACCAUUAGCUGCAACAGUCACUUGGGUGGUAAAAGAUGGCUGUGGUCACCUUGGAAAAAUUCUUUUUGCAUAUAGUCAUGGCACCUUUUUGGAUGCCUACAGUAAGAAGUGGAGGUUGUAUGCUGACACACUUAAUGAUGCUGCAAUGUGCAUAGAGAUAGCACUGCCGCUAUUCAAAAACUACACCAUGUUUGCUCUUUGUGUAAGCACUGUAAUGAAAGCUAUUGUGGGAGUAGCUGGUGGAGCGACUAGAGCUGCGAUGACGCAACACCACGCGGUACGCGGUAAUAUGGCCGACGUGUCCGCUAAAGACUCCGCCCAGGAGACUGCAGUGAACCUGGUCGCUUCCUUCACCGCCCUCCUCAUCAUUUCCACAAUUGGGUGCCACAUGCUGGUGUUCGCGACGACGAUGGUGCUCCACAUCGUGUUCAACUACUUCGCCGUGCGCGCGGUCUGCCUGAGGACCCUCAACGAGCCGCGCUACCUCCAGCUGCUGGAGGCGUACCUCCGCGAGGAGGUGAUCGCCGCCCCGUGCGACGUGAACAGGCGCGAGCCGAUCGUUUUCUACCAGCUGGGGACCAACUUGCUCGAUCUGAAACUGUGCGGAUUCCAAAUAAAACUGGGCUACUCGCUGAAGGAUUUCGCAAAAAACAAGCCGGCCGCUGCCUACCUCGGUAAACUGAGGGAAAUAUACGAUGACCGCAAUUAUAUAUUGAAUCCCGUAAUUGGAAAUCGAAACAUGCACGUACUCAUCAAGGAGGACGCCGUUCCGGACGACGUACUCUGCGCCUAUUUCCACGCCGUCCUGUUCGCCGUCAUAAUCUGCGCCAUCAAUGACGAAGUCACGCCGCUUUACAAAGGCGCGGGGGAGCGCCCGUUCGCUCAAGUGUGCCGCGCCGUCCAGUCGGCCGAGUGGAGCCGGGAGCCGGCCAGGGGCGGCCAAUCGCAUUCGGGCUACGGCUACGAGCCAUCGUUCGAGCUGAUGCGAUACGUCGACAACAUUGCGCAGAACGAAUGGUACAGGAUAAAGGCGGGCAUGGAGCACACUGGAUGGGACUUAAGUAAACAUCUGUUGAUUGUUGACGAGUGGCGCAUAUGCAACACAUUUCUGGAGCCGAACCCCAUAUCGAUGGAGGCCCUGUCAGCGGUCAACUCAACCAUCAGGCCUUUCCAAGGCCUGGCCACCUGUUCCGACGAGAAAAUGAAGAGGAAAACGUUCACAAUAGAGCCAGAAGAU